CUGGUUCAGGACGAGGUCAUGGCAGCAGAGCCGCUCUGAUUGGCUGCAGGAGCGUGGGUGGUGGUUUUUAACCGCUUCUGCUUCUUCACAUCUGCACCACGGAGACGAGAGGACGACGACCUGGCCAGGACAUGCUCGACCCCCGGAACCGCACGGCGAUGGACUUCUACGACGUCGACUCCGGCUUCUUCAACUACUCCGACUGGACAAAUGGCACCGAGCCCAGUUACUUCGACCCGUCCUCCGACUGGUGCGAGGCCGGCGAGCAGGAGUUCACCAUCAAGAUGUUCCAGACGUGCAUGUUCGGCCUCAUCUUCCUGCUGGGCGUGACGGGCAACUGCCUGGUCAUCGCCACCUUCGCCCUCUACCGCCGCCUGCGGCUCCGCUCCAUGACGGACGUCUUCCUGUUCCACCUGGCGCUGGCCGACCUGCUGCUGCUCCUCACGCUCCCCCUGCAGGCCGUCGACACCCACCUCGGUUGGGUCUUCUCCGUCCCGCUGUGCAAGGCCACGCGCGCCUGCUACGCCGUCAACACCUACAGCGGGCUGCUGCUGCUGGCCUGCAUCAGCGUCGACCGCUACAUGGUGGUGGCGCGAGCGCAGGAGAUGCUCCGGCUGCGCAGUCAGAUUCUGCGUGGUGGGAAGAUGGCCGCCCUGGGCGUGUGGGCGGUCGCGGUGCUCCUCAGCCUCCCCGAAAUCCACUUCUCCGGGGUGUCGGAGCUCGACACCGACGGCGCGGUGCAAUAUCACUGCGGCCUGUUGAAGAGUGGAAGGGUCAAGAUGGCCACCAACGGCGCCAUCAUCGCAGUCUUCUGCCUGUCCUUCUGCGUCAUGGUGGCGUGCUACUCUCUGAUUGCCCGAGUGCUGUGGGAAGGGAGCGCGCACGGGCGGGGGAAGCGCUGGCACCGGCAGCGCACGCUGAAGCUGAUGGUGGCCCUGGUGCUGGUGUUCCUGGUGUUCCAGCUGCCGCACACCGUGGUGCUGUCGCGCAAGAUGGCGGGGCAGUUCUGCGGCCUCCUGCUGGAGUACAUCACCUGCACGCUGGCGUACGCCCGCUGCUGCCUCAACCCCGUCCUGUACGCCCUGGUGGGCGUGCGCUUCCGCGACGACGUGCUGAGGCUCGUCCGUGACUCGGGCUGCCGUUCCGCGCUCCACCUGGCGCCGCAGACGGUGGGCUCCUCCUCCAUGUCGGCCUCGUCGCCGGGCCUCAGCGCGCUCGCGCCUUCCUCUGCGACGAACCGCAGCUACUGCGGCAACGAGACGGCGAUUCUGUCCAAGUUUCAGUUCCCGGGAAACAAAUGAUCUUAUGAAAAAUAAACAGAUAAAGACGCGUUGGAACUGGACAGUUUUUUAUCAUGAGUGUAAAUACAACACGUCCAGUUUGUUAGUGAGUCACUUACAGGCCUGUCCACUUGUAUUUAUAUGUACAAAUAACCGUAUAGACUCGUCUGUAUAUUGGUCUGUAACAUUUGUUGUUGACUUCACGACUUCAGGCCUUUUAGCCUUUAGCUUCUUCUCUCACUUUUAGAUUUCCUCCCGUCAUUUUUUGGUUUAUUGAGACAUUUGAAAUCUCAAUUAAAGAGUUAAACUGAUCUACAAUGACACGGAGCUGCAACUCCAGAGAGACGUAUUCAAUCGUCAGGAACAUAGAGACAGAUGAUGCUGUUGCACAUACUGUACAUUUGAUGUCUUUUUGGGUUAUUAUAUAUAAUCAAUACGAGUUAUUAUUCCACCAUCAUUGCUGCUUUGCUAAGUUAGGCUACUUCAUCCUCUAUAUAAUGAUUGGAUUUGACUGCUGCCUUUAUGUGGAAUGAAAAAGAAAUGUGGCGGCAGCUAAUUUUCAUUUUCCUUAUCCGUUAAUCUGCAGAUUAUUGUCUUGAGUUCACAUUUAAGAAGAAAAGAAUUUUAGGGACAGAUCACUGCAGUUCUAAACCUAAAUGACAAAAAUGAAGGUUUGUUGCAACAUACACAGGCAGCGUGAGAAAAACAUGUUUUUGUUGGUGUUUUUAAAAAGUCUUGAGUUCUCGCGAGUCACGACGCCGCUGCUCAUUCAGGUGAUGCAUCAUCAGACGUUUGAACAUGAAGGAAGUGAAACUGGAUGUUUUCACGAGUGAGUCAUGCUUCAUUUCACCCUCACACUGUGUCGGUGUGUGUGUGUGUGUGCGUGUGUGUGUGUGUAUGUGUGUGUGUGUGUUUUCGCAUACUCUUUUGGUUCAACAUGAAUAGACUUAUUUAAAAUUUUUAUCAUUGGAAAUUUAAAAAAAGAUUUUUAAUUUUAAAAAAGUUUUUAUCACAAAUUAGCAUGUACAUUAAAACUUUUUAAUUUCAUUUAAUAGUUCUUUUUCAAAAAGUUUCAUUUUAUGUUGUGCGUUUUGAUGAAUAUUCUUUCCCCAGUUUCUGUAAAUAAACUCUGAUGUUCAUCAGUAAA